CCUGUGGUCCCCCAUCCCAUUCCCCGGUCUGAUGUGAAAUAGUGCCAACACAGCAUCGCGUUUUGAAACACGCUACCCCUACUGAGAGCUACUAGCACCCGGCGGGGAACUCAUGUGGUUCUACCUAGCUUUAGAGGGACUAAAAACUCUGUCAACAUGGCGAAAGUGAACAGUAGUGCCUCCGGUUGUCGUGCCAUGGUGAACGCAGGAAAGUACCUGUCGAGCCCGUCGCCCACGGCGCUGACCCGGAGUUCCAGCCAGAGUCAGCGGAAGAUGUUCGGUCCACAGCGGCGAAUGAUGAGCGCUAACGCGGCCGGCACGAUAGGAAAACCCGCGGCGUUGGCCCAGCAGGAGCAGCUGGGGUAUUUCUCCGCCGAUGACAGACAUGUGAUGACUAACUUGAAUCUGAUUUACCGGGACGUGAAGGCAUUUCUCAAGGAAGUUCGAGGUGGAAACCCUCGGGAGGCUCGGUACUGGCUGACCCAGUUUCAGAGAGCGACAUCGGCUCAGUCUGCUGCCUUUGCCGUGCUGGAGGUGGACAGCUCAGUUUUCGCCAGCAGGGAAAUGGUUCAGAGCCUGGCCUUCGGGCUCUCCUUCCUGCAGCGGAUGGAUAUGAAGGCUGUGGUGGUGAUGGGCCGGUCUGAACACGAGGAGACAGGGCCCAGCAAACCGGUGGCAGGGUCUCAGUGCACCCGAGGGCUGGUGGAGCGGAGCCAGCAGCUGACCGAGGCUCUGCAGCAGCACUCGGCCACUGUCCUGCCACUCUUCUCCGCUGAGUCCUUCCUCCUACUUCGCCCCGCUGCCCAUGAAGCCCCACGUGGGAGCAGCGCUCCACCCUCCGUUGUUGUGGACAUCAGCCUUCUCCAGUGGAGUCUGACCUGUGGGACAAUCCCAUUGGUUUGUCCCGUGGGGAGGGACGUGCGAGGUUGCUCGGUAUUGUUGGACCCAACGGAGGUGACGGCAGCUAUUUCCCGAGCCCUGCAACCCCACAAAGUCAUGUUCCUGAACAACUCAGGAGGGCUCCACAGCCAGGAAAACAAGGUACUGGAAACGGUGUCGUUGCCCAGCGACCUGCCCAGUCUGUCCAUGGCGGCUUGGCUGAGCCCUGCAGAGCGGCGCAGAGUGACGGCCAUAGCCAGACUGCUCAAUCAGCUGCUGACUGAGUCCUCCGCGGUGAUCACCUCUGCGGACACACUGCUGACCGAGCUGUUCAGCCACAAAGGGUCAGGAACAAUCUUUAAAAUCGGAGACCCCAUACAUCGGUACAGCUCUCUGGAUGGGAUUGAUGUAGAGCGUCUGCUCGCUCUCAUCAGCAAGUCGUUUGAUAGAACUCUGAGGCGAGACUACAUCGACUCUCUGAAGGGACGACUGCACUCCAUCUACCUCUCUGAAGGAUACAGUGCGGCAGCCAUCAUCACCAUGGAGCCGGUGAACAGCGGCACGCUCUACCUCGACAAGUUUGUGGUGAGCAGCAGUAAGCAGGGUCAGGGCACGAGCCACAUCCUGUGGGAAUGUAUCAGACGGGACCUGGGCAAACUGUUCUGGAGGUCUAAAGCCACCAACAGGAUCAACCCCUGGUACUUUAAACACUGUGAUGGCAGCUUUGUUAAAGGGGCGUGGACCGUCUUUUGGUUUGGUCUUACAGACAUCAGAGAUUCUUACGAGCUGGUGGAGCACGCCAAGAACCUCCCUGACUCUUUCUACGUCCCCUCUCACACUGCCUCCGCAGGAUGCUGAACCACCUCCUCCCAGCUGCUGGUUGUGCAGCUAUUUAACUCUGCUGUGAAUAUUGUUUUCUUAUAUUUGCUCUGACUGGACUUUUUUUCUGUUCUGGAUUUGUGAUUGUGUUUUUGUCAACCUUGAAACUUGAAAGCUAAAGUGAGAAUUUCAUACUUGCAGUAUAUGCAUCAUGCUAUAAAUCACCUACUUUUAAAAUACGAUGUAGUGAUUUAGAGCUGAGGGUUUUAGAGGCAUUCCCACUUUGCUGAGACACACUGAUACCAUGUAUACACUAAGGUGUUUUCUUUUCUUUUUUUUAAAGGAAACAUUUGCUCUUUAAUAUUUUAUUUAAGGUCUGUCUUCGAUGGCUUAUUUCCAAUAUAAUAUACAUCUGUGAAGUAUCCCUUUGAUAACACCUGUAUUGCGCACUUCACCGAUUUUACACAAAGUUCAGUGUACCUGUCAUGUUGUAUGAUGUUUAUUUCUGCAUCUCUGUAGGGAGCUUUUUAGAGUUUGAGAAAAUAACCAUGAUGAUGUAAUUGUGCUGUCAUCAGGGUUGCCUUGCCUUUGGCUUAACAACUCAAUACUUUUAAACAAAAGCCUGCAUAACAAACUUGGUUUCUGGAGUUUAAAAGAUGCAGGGAUUUAGAAGUCGAGCAGAGACUGAUGAAAGACGCCAUAGAGUUGCAUUUUGGGAAAUGUAAGAUCCAGCAUUUUAAUUUUUAUUUCAAAGCUACAGUUGGUAACUUUAUUCAAAAUUACUAUUUGUUAGAUUUGCUGAAACUCACUAUCCUUACUGUAGUGCAAAAUCAUGUCUCCUCCCAGUGUUCAUAAUGGUAUUGCUAAAUUCAAGCACGCCCAAAGGAAAGCAACCAAUCAGAGCCGAGGAGUUUCUAAUGCAGUGUCAAUCACUGCCCAUGAACUCCUGUCAAACUAGGCAGCGCUAAUCAACUAUGAUUCAAGAUUCUGUUAAUACAAUCUCAAACACAUAUUUUAGUGUACUAUUUAGCUGUGAAACGAGAAAGUUGCUGCUUUUGGCUCGACUAUUCUCAACAUUGCUUGUUGAGUCACAAUCUUUUUUCAUUUUACAGAUCCACUAAAAUGUGUUUCUGGAAACAUUUGAGGCGAGAAAUAGGCAACGCAGUAACAGAAUCUUGAUUCAUGUUUGAUUGGAGUUCACCAGCAGUGAUUGACACUGCAUUAGAGACUCCUCGGCUCUGAUUGGUUGUUUUCAUUCGGGCAUAGUGAAAUUAGAUUUAUACUUAUUUAUUGUCCUGGAGAGAUGUUUUCGCAGCCAGUACACAACAGAUGUAUACAUAACUGCAACCUCUCCUCUAAGUGUCCUGUUUCUCCGUCCAGAUGGGAGUAAUGUGGAGCGUUGGUUCAGAGGGUGUUCAGGGUCAUUGGAUGUUGGGAUUGCUAGGCGUGUGAUGGCUCUGAGGUUCAUGUCUGAUAGAUUGGGUGUGGGGAGACGGUGCUUGAGUUGCAGGUACGUUUGUUUUUGUUGUAGGUGGUUAUUGGAUGACCAUAUGGGAGAGUGGUAUCGAUCUAAUAAAGUAUCUAUUUCAUCUAAAUGUCACCAGGAUAGUAAAUAGGCUUAUUUCCCAAAAUGUCGGAAUAUUCUUAUGUACCUGAUUUUGAUGCCUGUGAAAUACUCAAAGCAAAGGGAUUAUUUUGUUGCCAAAUUUACAGUAAGGAGGGGACCAUUGGAUAUAGUUGUAGAACACAGCUCAUCAUCAUGAAUAUCUUUUUUAAAGAUUAGUUACACAGAAUAUAAAUGAAAGAUGGUAAAUAUUGUGCAGAUCGGUAGUCAUAGGCAGGCAUAAUCCGGCCAUUACCCGUCUAUUUCAGAUGGCAUCCUCCUUAUACCGCUAUCUGUUUUGAUUAUAAAACAGGUUUUGGUGCUAUAUAAAUAAUGUGAAAGAAUGUAAAUGUAAAAAAUUAAACUGGUUUGUAUCUUUCUAAUAUUUGGACCAUUUACAGUAAUAAAAUAUCUUUAACUGAA